UAAAAGAGAGAGAGGGAGUUGGAGACAGCAGGAGAUACAGAGAGAGACACAGAUACAGAUAAACAAAAAAUGGAGAAAGACAAAAGGAGACGAGAGAGAUGGACAGAGACAGUGAGGUCAAGAUAGAGAAGAGAGAGAACAAUGGCAGGCAGGGAGAGAAACUGUCAGAUGGAGAGACAGAGAGCGAGAGGUACAGCAGUCAAGAUGACUCCCUCCAGGAUAGAGCAGGCUGUAAAAAAAAGGCAGAUCAAAGGCACUAAAAAAAAAAAAAAGAAGAUGCCUCUCUCCCCAUCCCUGCCCUCCUCAGCCCCACAGAGGGAGGCCUGCAGGGACAAGGUGGCAGAGAUGCACCGCUCACCGAUGCACCAAUGCAGAGAUGCAUCGGCCUGGAAGCCGAGCCCAGGCCCCUCCCCUUCUCCCACCAGCUCUGGCAGUGUGGCUGCUGGGUGGACGUCGUGGUGGACGACAGGCUGCCUGUGCGUGAGGGAAGCUGAUGUUCGUGCGCUCGGAUCAGCGGAACGAGUUCUGGGACCCACUCCUGGAAAAGGCCUACGCCAAGUAAGGACCCCGACGCCACCACUCUGGCCUCCUUCUAGGCACUCCCACAGCAGCAGCUGGUCCUCCUUCAGCUCUGCCCACCUUCCCUCCUGCUGCUGGCCAAGCCCAUUAAGCUGCUACCCCGCUCACAACUGAAGGCCCCACGCCCUGAAGAGGAAAACACUGAAGAGGCGUCCUUGCUCCCCGGCACCCCAAACCAUCAAUUAGUAUUAACGAGGGAAGGUUCCUCUCUGCCUAAAGACCCCCAUCUGGUCUCAGAUGCCGGGGAGGCCCCACCCCCUUGACUCAGGAGGUUAGAGGGCCUGGAGCCGGCCUGUGAGCCCACAGUGUCCGGAUGGCAUGUGGCAGCAGCAGAGCCGCCAUCCAGCUGGUGAUCGAGGAGGCAGGGCCUGGAACCAAGGGCCCCAAAGCCUUUUGGGGCCAGAACUACAACGCAAUCCGAGCAGCCUGCCUGGAUGAGGGGAUCCUGUUCCGAGAUCCCUACUUUCCUGCUGGCCCUGAUGCCCUUGGCUGUGACCAGCCGGGGCCCGACUCGGAGGAGACCAAAGGGGUGGAAUGGAAGAGGCCCCAUGAGUUUUGCGCUGAGCCCCAGUUCAUCUGUGAGGACAUGAGCCUAACAGACGCGUGUCAGGGGAGUCUGGGUUCCUGCUGGUUUCUUGCAGCCACUGCCUCCAUCACUGUGUACCCACGACUCCUGUCCCAGGUGGCCCCCCCGGGACAGGGCUUCCAAGAUGGCUACGCAGGCGUCUUCCACUUCCAUCUCUGGCAGUGUGGCUGCUGGGUGGACGUCGUGGUGGACGACAGGCUGCCUGUGCGUGAGGGGAAGCUGAUGUUCGUGUGCUCGGAUCAGCGGAACGAGUUCUGGGAGCCACUCCUGGAAAAGGCCUACGCCAAGCUCCAUGGCUCCUAUGAGGUGAUGCAAGACGGCCACAUGAAUGAGGCUUUCGUGGACUUCACAGGCGGUGUGGGCGAGGUGCUCUACCUGAGGCAGGACACUCCAGGCCUCCUCUCUACCCUGCUCCAUGCCCUGGCCAAGGAGUCCCUCGUGGGAGCCACUGCCCUGGUGAGAGAUGAUCGGGGCGAGUACUGUACAGAAGAUGGGCUGGUGAAGGGACACGCGUGUUCAGUCACAGGCACACACAAGGUGUCACUGGGCUUCACCAAUGUGCGUCUGCUGCAGCUGCGGAGCUCACGGGGCCGAGUGGAGUGGUCUGGGGCCUGGGGUGACAGCUGCCCACGCUGGGACGCGCUCCCCACCGAGUGACGAGAUGCCUUACUGGUGGAAAAGGAGGGUGGCGAGUGCUGGCUGGAGCUUCAGGGCUUCCUCUGCCACUUCGCCACCAUCCAGGUCUGCUCGCUGAGCCCUGAGGUGCUGGUCCCCAGCCUGGCGGGAGGCGGCAGACACAUCCACACCUUCCAAAGCCACUGGGUACGCGGCUUCAACUCUGGCGGGGGCCAGCCUGGUGCCGAAACCUUCUGGACUCACCCCCAGUUCCGGCUGACGCUGCUGGAGCCUGAUGAUGAUGAUGAUGAUGAUGAUGGAGGAGGAGGAGGAGGAGGAGGAGGGGUCCUGGGAGGGCUGGGGGGGCGCACCCCCAAAGGCACUGUCCUUCUGUCACUCAUCCAGCGCACCCGGCGGCGCCUGAGGGCCCAGGGCCUCACGCACCUGACCGUGGGCUUCCACGUGUUCCAGAUGCCAGAGGAGCUGCUGGGACUGUGGGACUCCCUGCUCAGUCGCGCGCUCUUGGGAGGCCUGCUCUCGCCCUUCUGCGCCCACCGCGACGUGAGCCGCCGCUGCCGCCUGCGCCCCGGCCACUAUCUGGGUACCCAAGUGGUACCCAGCGCCGCCCGCGCCUGCGACGAGGCCGACUUCACGCUGCGCGUGUUCUCCGAGCACCGCCACACCGCAGUGUGAAUAGAUGAUGUGAUCAGCACUGACCUGCGUGCCCUCAUGGUCCCCUACAUUCCCCUGGAGCUAGAGAUGGAGCAGCUGUUUCAGGAGCUGGCAGGAGAGGAGGAAGAACUCAACGCCCCUCAGCUCCAGACCUUAUUAAGCAUUGCCCUGGAGCCUGCCAGGGCCCAUGCACGGACUCCCGGAGAAAUCGGGCUCAGGACCUGUGAGCAGCUGCUGCAGCGUUUUGGGCAUGGGCAAAGCCUCGACCCCUACCACUUCCGGCAGCUCUGGGGCCACCUCCUGGAGUGGCAGGCCACGUCUGACAAGUUCGAUGAGGACGCCUCUGGAACCAUGAACUCCUGUGAACUGAGGCUGGCCCUGAACGCAGUGGGCUUCCACCUGACCCAGGCCCUCACUAGCCGCCACCGGGACAGCCGUCUGCGUGUGGACUUCCAGCACUUCGCGUCCUGCACGGCCCAGCUCAUCUGCAUCUUCCGUGAGUGCCACUGCGGCCGGCACCUGGAUGGGGGCGAGGGGGUCGUCUGCCUGACCCACAGACAGUGGAUGGAGGUGGCCACCUUCUAGGACCUCAGCCUGAGAGCCCUGCCUCUCCCUUCUCCCAGCCCGGACCAGGGUUUCCUCUACAGGGAGAGGGGGCUGAUGACCUGACGUUAAGCAGUGAUUCAGAGCGUGGCCUUGGGAGCCAGCCUGCCUGGAGCUGACUUCUGGCCCCACCACUCAUCAGCUGGGUGACACCAGGCAAGUCACUGCACCUCUCCGGUACACGGGCAUGGUAACAGCACCUCUCUCGUGCAGGCUGCGUGAGUUAGCCCACCUUACACGCUUAGAACAGUGCCUGGCCUGCAGUGGGUCCCCAACAGCACUCCUCCUUUCACACGCUCAUGGGAACAGGGACUGGGGCACUCCCACGCCCCACCUCGCUCUGGGAAGAGGUGCUCUAUCAUGGCUCUCCUAAGAGGUGGAGAACAGAUAGAAAAACAGAGGACACUGUAGGAAUCCUUCUUAAAAAUAUUACAUGUUUUAUUAUCCUGUCCCCAGAAGGGUGGUUUAUCCAGAAACCGAGAAAAAAAAUAAUCAAUCGGAAUAAACUCAAAAAAUGGGGGGGGGGAGGUGGUGGAGUGAAACCAUCCACUAACAGGCAGCUAGGCCAGCAGCCCACCCUCCGCCUCGGGGAGGGGUCCCCAGAGACCCACGCCGACGGCAGACAUCAGAGAAAGCGGUAAGGGGCUGGGGGAGGGGAGCAAAUCAGCUAUGUCUUCAUUAUGAGAGCAAGAGGCGGCGAAGAUAUGCUGCUAGGUGAAUAUAUAUUUAUAUAAUAAAUCCGUAAGUUAAUAAAGUAAAUAGUAAUUCUCUGAAAGGUUUUUUUUUGUGGAUUUUUGUGUGUUUUUUUGGUGUGUUUUUUUGUGUGUGUUUUUCUUUUCUUAUUUUUUCUUUUUUUUUUUUUUUUUUUGCAGGUGGAAGGGGUCCUUAGAAAAUCUGAGAGAUACGCAGGUCCAGACAAAGCAAGGUGGGGGCUGGCUGGGGGUGAGGCUGGUCUGCCCAACCUCACUCCUGGACAGAAGAGGGGGGACUGAGCUGAACCCCCUCAUCUCCUGGCAAUGCCAAGUGAGGGGAGGGGACAGGGGAGCAGGGAGCAGGCUGGUCCUCUUUCCUGCCGGGCAGCUGUGGCGCCCUCUGUGGGGCCCAUCGCAGGCCCGGGGGGUUCCUGGACAAGGCACGUCGGGCUUUGGCCUGGAUGUGGGAGGCCUUGAAGGGACCUCAGGGGAGAAGAAAUGGACCGGGGGGGUGGUGAGGGGUGGGCGUUUCUAGGGCUUCGAGGGGGCCUGUUUUGCUGUGAGGAUCCACUGUCCCCUCCACAGAGUUAAAAAAACAAAACAAAACAACACAUCAUAUAUAUUUACCAGACCAGAAGCGCUGACCCCGGAAGCCUCCCUCACCCCCAUCCAGGGGGAGGGGGAGAUCCUCCUGGUCCACCGACAAAGAGAGAGGAGAGAACCUGCCCCAGCCCC